CUUGAGGCGAGUCCGCGAACAGAAUCGUCCGCACACCAAAUCUCAGUCAUCAUGCGUGAAUGUAUUAGUAUCCAUGUCGGCCAGGCCGGAUGCCAGAUUGGCAAUGCAUGCUGGGAACUGUACUGUCUGGAACACGGCAUCCAGCCGGACGGCCAGAUGCCCUCUGACAAAACCAUCGGGGGUGGGGACGACUCCUUCAACACCUUCUUCAGUGAAACUGGAGCAGGGAAGCAUGUCCCUAGGGCUGUGUUUGUUGACUUGGAACCAACCGUUGUUGACGAAGUCCGCACCGGAACAUACCGUCAACUGUUCCACCCGGAACAACUCAUCACCGGCAAGGAGGACGCCGCCAACAACUAUGCCCGUGGUCACUACACCGUCGGUAAGGAGCUCAUCGACUUGGUUCUAGACCGCAUCCGCAAACUGGCUGACCAAUGUACCGGUCUUCAGGGAUUUCUCAUCUUCCACAGCUUCGGAGGAGGCACUGGCUCUGGAUUCACCUCCCUUCUGAUGGAACGUCUGAGCGUUGACUACGGCAAGAAAUCCAAGCUGGAGUUUGCCGUCUACCCAGCACCUCAGGUGUCCACGGCAGUGGUCGAGCCUUACAACUCCAUCCUGACCACCCAUACAACCCUGGAGCAUUCCGACUGUGCAUUUAUGGUCGACAAUGAGGCCAUCUACGAUAUUUGUCGCCGUAACCUCGACAUCGAGCGUCCAACCUACACCAACCUCAACCGUCUUAUUGGUCAGAUCGUCAGCUCCAUCACGGCUUCUCUUCGAUUUGACGGCGCCCUUAACGUCGAUCUGACCGAGUUCCAGACCAACCUGGUACCCUACCCACGUAUCCAUUUCCCCCUGGCUACCUAUGCCCCAGUCAUCUCCGCAGAGAAGGCUUACCAUGAGCAAUUGUCUGUGGCUGAAAUCACCAACGCCACUUUCGAGCCAGCCAACCAGAUGGUGAAAUGCGAUCCACGCCAUGGCAAAUACAUGGCCUGCUGUAUGUUGUACAGAGGUGACGUUGUUCCCAAGGAUGUCAACGCCGCCAUUGCAACCAUCAAGACCAAGAGGACCAUCCAGUUCGUCGACUGGUGCCCCACCGGUUUCAAGGUCGGCAUCAACUACCAGCCUCCAACCGUUGUCCCUGGCGGAGAUUUGGCCAAAGUCCAACGCGCUGUCUGCAUGUUGAGUAAUACUACUGCCAUUGCUGAGGCCUGGGCUCGUCUUGACCACAAGUUCGACCUGAUGUACGCCAAGCGUGCCUUCGUUCACUGGUACGUGGGAGAGGGUAUGGAGGAGGGAGAGUUCUCCGAGGCUCGGGAGGAUCUUGCCGCCCUAGAGAAAGACUACGAAGAGGUUGGAGUCGACUCCGUGGAGGAUGAAGGAGAGGAAGAAGGCGAGGAAUAUUAGAAACUCACCAAAAAUUGGUGAAACGAUGAUAUGAUCUAUACCGUCUCUUGAUCCACACCACAGAGAAAUCAUAAGUUA